CCUGCUUGCCGAACACUUCUUACUGCAUCAUGGCGGUGCCGAUGGCGGUAAAUUCAGGGGCCAGUCUGUGGGGCCCACUUAAAGAGCUGUGGGAGACGGUAGACGGCGCCAUACUGAGAAGACAGUCAGAAACCGUCCACCUUCUGGAUCUGCAGCUGAAGAAACACAAACCUCACUUUCUCUCCCUUUUUAAGAAUCCGCCAAAAAGUCCAGAACAGAGAGAAAAAGUGCGUAAAGCCAGCACAGAAGGCAUCGCCAUCCAGGGUCAGCAGGGCUCCCGGCUCCUUCCAGAGCAGCUUCUGACCGAGGCCUUCAUCCUCAGUGAUCUGUUUGACAUCGGAGAGUUGGCUGCUUUGGAGCUUCUCUUGGCUGGUGAGCAACAGCAGCCUCAUUUUCCAGGCCUGACGCGAGGCCUGGUGGCCGUUCUGCUCUACUGGGACGGGAAGCUGUGCGUCGCCAACUCUCUGCGUACGCUCAUCCAGUCACGACAUGGCAAGACGUUCACCCUGGAUUUGAGUGAAGAGCUGGUUGCCUUGACGACCCGUUUCACAGACGAGCUGAUGAGCCAGGGACUGACCAAACGCAUCCUGACUUUGGUGUCAGACAUAAGUGUGACGCGGGAGUUUGAGCGGCUGCAGAAAGAGCGCGGCUUGGGGAAUGAAAAGCACAGAAAGGAGGUUUCUGACCUCAUCAGAGAGUGUCGCCAGGCUUUGGCAGACAGCUUGUUUUCGUGGACCUGUCAGUCGCCGCUGACCAGAGACGACACCUUGGCUCUGAUUGGUCACCUGGAGACGGUGACGGCUCAGGCCGACGGCUCAUUGGACAGCGUAAACCUGGCUCUGGUCAUGGCUCUGCUCUACUGUUUGGACGUCAGCUUCAUAGAGCAAGGAACAGAAGACAGAGAAGAUCUGCUCCAGGCUCUGCCGCUGCUGACGGAGAGGCAGUACGUCUCGGCGGUUCACAGCCGCCUGAUGGACGGCCAGCCGUGGAAACUCCCAGGGCUGCAGGCCGUGUGCCGGCUGGCCUGGGCUCUGGCUCUCAGGGUUCUGUCCCAGCUGCCGCAGGGGUCAGCCCUGGUUGAAUUCACCGAAGCGGACGAGGCGCUGGCCGACCAGGCUCUGCUGGGAGACGUCUUCCUCUUCAUGAAGGAGGGGAUUCUGGGAUGCAACGCUUGUGCCCAGGAAGAGUUUUACAUUCGCCGCCUCCAUUCGCUCAUCACAGACUUCCUUGCUCUCAUGCCGAUGAAGGUGAAGCAGCUUCGUAACCGCGCUGAUGAAGACGCCCGUCUGGUCCACAUGUCUCUGCAGAUGGACAGCGAACUUCCAUCUUCACUGCGGAAAGAUUUGGAUCACCUCAUGGUUCUGAUCGGGGAGUUUUACACUAAAGACCCGUUUGGACUGGAGCUGGGUCUGGAGUUCUGGUGUCCCACCGAGUCUCUGCAGCACACCUCGCUGCAGGGCUCGUACCUCGGCAUGGCGCUGCAGCGGCCGCCUCAUAAACAGGUGGUCCUGUCAAAGUUUGUGCGUCAGAUGGGAGACCUUCUGCCCUCCACCCUCUACAUUUCCUACCUGAGCAUGUUGAAAGGCCUUGCCAACGGCCCGCAGUGUGCUCACUACUGCUUCAGUCUUCUGAAGACCAACGGGGCUACACACAGUGACAACAUCCAGGGAGCUUCAGGCAGUCCGGUGUCCUGGGAGCAUUUCUUCCACUCCCUCAUGCUGUACCAUGAGAACCUGAGACGAGACCUUCCCAAUCCGGACUCGGCCCACUACCGCCACCCGCCGCUGCGGGGAAUCACCCAGCGAGAGCUGGAAGGACUCACUGCCUUCCUGCAGCUUCUCACCACUAUCAUUACCUGGAGUGAGAACGCUCGACUGGCGUUGUGCGAACACCCACAGUGGACUCCGGUGGUGGUGAUGCUGGGAUUGCUGCAGUGCAGCGUUCCUCCGGUUCUGAAGGCGGAGCUCCUUCAGUCGCUGGCAGCUUUUGGGAAGUCGCCAGAGAUCGCCGCGUCUCUCUGGCAGUCGCUAGAGUACACACAGAUCCUCCAGACUGUCCGAGCGCCGGGCCAGAGGCAAGCAGCCGGGAUUGAGGUGGAGCUGAAUGAGAUCGAGUCGAGCUGUGAGGAGUAUCCUCUGACCCGGGCCUUCUGCCACCUCAUCAGCACCCUGGUGGAGAGCAGCAUACCUGGUAAUUUGGGGGCGGGGCUUCGCGUUCCCGGCUUCCAGCCCUACCUGAACUUCCUGCGUGACUCCGUGUUCCUCCCGUUCCCGACCCGAGCGUAUCGCCGUCCAGCUGAGAAGUGGGAGGUCGCUGACAGCGUCCUGGAGGUUUUCCACAAGCUGCUGCGCGACUACGAGCCGCAGCCUUCGGACUUUGUGCAGGAGACGGUGGAGCUGCAGGGGGAGCAGGUCCUCGCUCACAAGCCGCCCGGCCACAGCAUCAUGUUCCACCUGCUCAACGACUCGCCCAUGCUGGCGCUCUGCCUCAGCCUGCUGGAGGAGGGCGUCCGCCAGCUGGACACAUACGCUCUCUUCCCCGGUAAGAAGCACCUGGAGUCCGCUGUGCUGCACUGUCUGUGCCUGCUGGACCUGGCGCUGCAGAAGGAGGUGAUGUUCAUGGACCUGCUGCGGGAGAGCCAGUCGUCUCUGCUCGUCUCCCCCCUGGAGCAGCUCUUCCAGGGGGUCAGUCCGCAGACCAGGAGAGCCGACCACAUCGUAAACAUCGCCAGGUAUCUUUACCACAGCAGCUCAAACCCAGAAGCUGCUUUCCAGAGCGCCAGGAUUCUGCGACGCAUCGCCAACUACCCCAACAUCCAGAUUCGGCUGGUGGGAGAUUUCACACAUGACCAGGCGGUGAGUGCAAAGCUGAUGGCUGGAUUUGUGGAGUGUUUGGACAAUGAAGAGGCAGAAGAAGGAACAGAAGGAGAAGAUGAUGUUGAUCGACCAAAGAAAGUGGCGAGAAUCCGACACAAAACCCAGAUCCACAUCCUGAACCUGCUCAUCACCUCCUUGGAGCUGAAGGCGCCCAACCUGGCGCUCUACCUUCUGGGUUAUGAAGUCAAGAAGCCGGUGGCUUCCACCAACCUGCAGGAUCCAGGUGUGCUGGGGUGUCUGCGUAGCUGCCUGCACGCCAUCCUGAGUCUGCUGCAGCGAGGCACAGAGAAACGGUCCGGACCCGUCCUCACCCAGCAGGCGCCUCACCUGGCGGAGCUCUGCUACCAGGUGAUCUACCAGCUGUGCGCCUGUCCCGACACAUCUGGACCCACCAUGCGCUACCUGAGGACCAGCCAGGACUUCCUGUUCUCCCACCUGCAGCACCUCCCCUUCGUCCUGACAGAGAACCAGAUUGCGGCGCUGUCCCAGAUGUCGUGGCUCAUGAAGACGGCCGCCAUCGAGCUGAGGGUGACCUCACUGAACCGGCAGCGCUCGCACACGCAGCGCCUCCUCAGCCUCCUGCUGGACGACCAGCCGCACCCGCAGCACGCAGCCGAUGGAGAGUCUGGCAUGGAAGAAGACAGCAGAUCAGUCAGCGGUUUCCUCCAUUUUGAGACGGUCUGUAAAGUGCGCAGGAAGCUGCUCAGCGUUCUGGACGCCAUCGACUUCAGUCAGGACUUACCGGAGCUGCUGCAGCUGGACUUCUUUGAGCGCGCUCAGAUCGAACAGGUGAUCUCCAACUGUGAGCAUGUGAACGAACAGGGCCACACCGUCUGCAACGUCAAGUUGCUGCACAGAGUGCUGGUGGCCGAGGUGAACGCCCUGCAGGGCAUGGCCGCCAUCGGACAGAGACCGCUGCUCAUGGAAGAGGUGAACUCCAUCCUGCAGCAGGUGGUGGAGCGAAACCGCGUCCGCCGCAGCCUGAGCGCCAAGCGGCACGCGCUGCAGUCCUGGAGGAGCCUGGUGGAGACGCUGCUGACCGCCUGCCCAGCUGACCUGAUUCCUGCUGACGACCGGCAGCUCAUCAUCAGAGACCUGCUGCUCGACCUCUUUGAUAAGGUUUUAUCAGAGGACGCAGCAGGAGAGUUGAUGUCCAUCGUUGCCGGCGCCGUAUUCACUCUGACCGCCCAGCUCAGCCAAUCGGUGCUCUCGGAGCAGCAGCAGGGCGUAGGAUCAGAAGCGUCUUCAGGCUUCGCCUCCAUCGCUAACUCCGCCCUCCACCUCAUCCUCCGCAAGCUGCUGGACUUCAUCCUCUGCACCGGAGGCGGAUACCAGCGGCUACGUGCGCACCUGUACGGCUCUCUGCUGUAUUACCUGCAAAUGGCCCAGAAACCAGAGGAACCAGACACUCUGCAGACCGCUGGAAAAGCCAUGUGGGAGCGACUCACGGCUCCCGAAGACGGAUUCUCCAAACUGCAGAGGGAGAACCUCGCCAUCAUCGAAAGCUACGGCAAAACGCUGAUGGAGGUCGUCUGUAGGGACGCCUGUGACGGUCACGAAAUAAGCAGGAUGCUGGCUCUAGCCGUUCUGGACCGCAUCCUGUCCAUCGAUCGUCAGAAUCAGUGGCUGCUCUACGUGUGUAACAGCGGCUACCUGCGCUCUCUGGUGGAGAGUCUGCGGCAGGAUGACGCCGCCCUGCAGAGCCUGCUGGCGCCGCAGCCGCCCCUCCUCAAGCCGCUCUACAUCUACGAAAGCAAGAUGGCUCUGCUGACUCGUGUGGCGAAAAGCGGCCAGGGAGCCGUGGAGCUGCUGCGCUGCGGCCUGGUGGCGCAGCUGAUCGAGUGCCAGGUGUUCGACAUGGUUCCCGACUCCGACUCCCACAGGAUGAUGAGGGAUCCGUCAGGCUUCAUCCCGAGUCCGAUAGAUCGCUACAGGCAGAUUCUCCUACCAACUCUGAAGCUUCUUCAGGUCAUACUGACGUCUACGUCCAUGAACCACCAGCAGGGGGCGGCGCAGGUCCUCCAGUGGCUGAUCGUCCAUGCAGACACGGUUCAGUCUUUGCUGCGCUGUCAGGAUCUGAGUUUGGGAUCUUUGAAGGAGCUCUCUCUGCUCACGGCCAUCAUCAGUAAAACCGCUCUGCCAGGCGUCCUGGAGAUGGGAGGAGACAUCAACAGUGCCGCUCUGAUGGAGUUCCAGGGUCACAUCACCAGAUUUCAGCGGCUGUGCCUGUCCCUGCUGGGUCGCCUCGCAGGAAGCGAACGGGAGCGGCUGCUGAAGCAGGCGGACAUUUCUUCACCCGGAGACUCGGCCGAACGACGGGAGGAAAUGGAGGCGGCCAUGAUGCAGGUGUGCGCUAACAUCAUGGAGUUCUGCCAGACGCUGCUGCUGCAGAGCUCCUCCCAGGCCCAGUUCAGCAUCUGCCUGUUCAGUCCAUCAGGCAGCGAGCCGGCCGGCCGAGACGGAGCGCGCUCAGAUCUCUCGUCCUCUGUGCCGUCCAUCGCUCACUCACGCGUCCCCAGCCUGGGUCUGGUUCUGUACCUGCUGAAGAACAGCGCUGCAGAUUUCUUCCAGUUCCACCAGAGCCACAGGCAGAGCCUGGGCAAGCUGCAGAGCCUGGAGCAGCUUCCUCCAGAGGAGCUGAAGGAGCUGUGCCAGGGCCUGGUGUCGGGUCCGGGCGGCGUGGAGAAGAUCUCGUCGGUCCAGAGGAGUCUCCUCGCCAGGCGGCGGCUGGUCCAGUUCAUCAACAACAGAGCCAAACUGCUGGCCUUGUGCUCCUAUGUUAUUGAGACCUGCUUGUUUGUGUUGUGGCGCCAUCUGGAGUACUACCUGCUGCACUGCACUCCCAGCGACCCAAAAGACUCCCUGUUGCCUGGAAGCAGUUUGUUCAGAACCCGGCUGGCGGACGAUUCGCUUGGCGCGCUGCAGGCUGGCGGCGGCCGGGGAAUCGGACUGUCCAGAGUCAGCCAGCAAGAUCUGGAUCUGCUGAAAGGUGACAUGGCUGCAGGCUUCGGCGAGGCUCUGCAGAGGAAGCUCCUGGAGGUCGAAGGUCAAUACAGCCAGGUCCGCUCCCGCUACACCUUCAUCCAGGCGCUGGUCCGCAGGAUCCGCGGUUUGCUGCGGCAGCCCAAGAGCUGAGCGCUCCGGCGCAAAAGACUGACCCGAUGUUUCUGAUGCAGCGUCGCUUUGUCACGAUUCUAAUAAUGUCGACGAUUGUUUGUUUGAAGAA